CUCCAGUUCACUCCUGAGCCAAACUUCCCCUCCUGAACAUGAUGCUCAAGUCUGUCACAGAAAGCUUCGCCAGCCUGAUCCAUGGCUUGAAAGCGGGACACCUGACAGCUCCUGUCAUUCAGAGGAGCAAGAGGAUGAUCCUGGACACCCUGGGUGCCGGCUUCCUGGGCAUCAGCACAGAAGUGUUUCACAAAGUCAGCCAGUACAGUAAGAUCUACAGCUCCAAUACAUCCAGCACUGUUUGGGGUCAGUCGGACUACAGGCUCCCACCCACACACGCUGCUUUCGUAAACGGUGUGGCUAUUCACUCAAUGGAUUUUGAUGACACCUGGCACCCUGCCACACAUCCUUCUGGAGCAGUCCUUCCUGUCCUCACAGCUUUAUCAGAAGCCUUCCCUCACACUCGAAAGUUUUCUGGCCUUGACCUGCUGCUGGCUUUCAACGUUGGUGUUGAAGUUCAAGGCCGAUUAAUGCAUUUCUCCAAGGAAGCCAAAGACAUACCAAAGAGAUUCCAUCCCCCAUCCGUGGUAGGAACUUUGGGCAGUGCUGCCGCUGCAUCCAAGUUUUUAGGACUCAGCUUGUCCAAGUGCCAGGAGGCCCUGGCAAUUGCUGCUUCUUAUGCCGGAGCACCCAUGGCAAAUGCUGCAACUGAGACCAAGCCCCUUCAUGUGGGCAAUGCUGCCAGACAUGGGAUAGAAGCCACUUUCCUGGCCAUGCUGGGUCUCCAAGGAAGCAAGCAGAUCUUGGACCUGGAGAGAGGGAUGGGAGCCUUCUAUGUCAACUAUUCCCCAAAAGUCCUUCCAAGCCUGGAUUCCCACACGUGGCUGCUGGACCAGCAGGAUGUGGCCUUCAAGAGUUUCCCGGCACAUCUGGCUACUCACUGGGUAGCUGAAGCAGCAGGGGCUGUGAGGAAACACCUUGGGCCUCCAGGCAGAGUCCUGAUUCCUGCUGACCACAUUGAGAAAAUUGUGCUCAGGAUCCCAGAUGUCCAGUAUGUCAACAGACCCUACCCAGACUCAGAGCAUGAAGCCCGUCAUUCCUUCCAGUAUGUGGCCUGUGCCAUGCUGCUAGAUGGCUAUGUCACUCUAUCAUCCUUUCACAAAGCCCAGAUCCACAGGCCACAGGUCAGAGAGCUGCUCAGGAAGGUGGAGCUGGAGCAUCCUCCAGACAACCAGCCCAACUUCAACACAUUGUACUGUGAGAUCAGUGUCAUACUCAAGGACGGAGCCACUUUUACUGAGCGCUCAGAUACCUUCUAUGGCCACUGGAGAAAACCACUGAGACAAGAGGACUUACAGGAAAAGUUCAGAGUCAAUGCCUCCAGGACACUGUCCUUUGAUACAGUGGAGAGUCUUAUGAAGAUAGUAGAAAAGCUAGAAGACCUAGAAGACUGUUCUGUGUUGACCACACUUCUGAAAGGAUCAUCUCCUCCAGCAGAGUCUUCAAAAUACACAGAAUACAAUCUUUCCAUUGCUCCAUCUCUCCUGAGGCUGACCAACAUGUGAAUGAAUGCCUCUGCAGUGGGGAGAUGCUGAUUUGCUUUAUAAACAAAGGCCUGCUACUCCAAGGGCUCAGGAAUAAAGAAAGCAAGGUGAAUCAUCCAGAUACAGAAUGACAUGCAUAUGGAAGCAAUUUUGUCCUAUGAGAUCUUUCAAAUGACCUUCAAGAUACUAUUUAGGAAACAAAAAAAUGAAUCUAUAAAAAUUUACAGGGGUGAAGUUUAAGUCCACUGCGAUUUUGCUUAUAAAGAAGUCUAUAUUUAUGAACUUCCUAGACCUCAGGGCUCUGGGCUAGGCCUCAGAAAAUUUCUUAUACAAUGUAUUAUUGAUCCCUUCCAUACUGCAAGAGAUGAUUUGGCUCCUGGGCAACUACCCAAAACAUCACACGCCAGGAUACUGACACUUGCACAUCUAUGUUUAUUGUUAGACUAUUCACUGGAGCCAAGUUAUGGAAACAGUCCAGAUGCCCUACAACAGAUGA